GGUGAUGUUAAAUGUGUUCCCAGGUUUUUUAAAGAUGUGUGUCGUGAAUCUUAAAAAUCAAAGGAUCGGUUUAUGUAUUUCGGUGUUGUUUUUCUUGGGAUUUAUCUCGGCGAAUGCUGUUCAAGAUAAAAAAUGCGGUCAUCCACAAAUACCUCUAAACUCAAAGUUAACAUUAAGCUCUACAAAAUUAGAACAAGGUACCGUAGCAACGUAUCAAUGCGACGAAGGAUACGAAAGCUUCGGUGAAACAAAAACCACUUGUUCCGCAUCCGGCAAAUGGAUCGGGGAACCACCUUUCUGCGGUAAGUCUCACAAUAUUCAUCUCUCCUUAUCAAUUUCCAUCCUAUUCGUCAUUAUUUACCUUUCAGGAAUAAACGUCGCCUAUAGACGUCCUUCGAACCAAUCUACUACAGUUAAAGGAGGCUCCGCAUUGAACGCCAACGAUGGGGACAAAAGCACCGAACACGAUGGCAAAAGAUGUUCCGAAACGCAAAAGGAAACGAGUCCUUGGUGGCAAGUGGAUCUUUUAAAACCGUAUCCCGUUAAAGUUAUAAGGAUAACGACUAGAGGAUGUUGCGGUCAUCAACCCCUGCAGGAUUUGGAGAUCAGAGUAGGGAACAGCAGCAGUGACUUACAAAAGAAUCCUCUAUGCGCAUGGUUUCCUGGUACUAUAGAUGAAGGGGUUUCUAAAACGUUCACGUGUGCCCGAGUUCUCGUCGGACAACACGUCUUCCUGCAACUCGUCGGCGUCGAAGGGUCAUUGUCAUUAUGCGAAGUCGAAGUAUUCUCAUCAAAUGCCUUUUCCAUCGACCGUUGCACACCUCCAAACUCCCCGGACGAUAAAGAAUUAGCAACGUUCGGUCAGACUUGUUACAAAUUCGAAAUAAGCAAAGGGGGAUCUUUCGCCGACGCGAAAACUUAUUGCCAAAAACAAUAUGGAGAAUUGAUAAAUUCCAUGUUGCCCGUUCAAACGACUUUCUUGCAUUCCGAAUUGGACCGAAGGAAAUCGAAAUUGAAAACCCAAUUCGUUUGGGUGGGGGCCCAAAAAGAACCGAGCGUCGUAUCGAGGACCUGGAAAUGGGUUAACGGUGAUUUGGUACAGAGGCCUUCUUGGGGUAAAGAUCAACCGAAUAAUUAUAACGGUGAGCAGAAUUGCGUAGUUUUGGAUGGGGGUAGGCAAUGGUUAUGGAAUGACGUCGGAUGCAGUUUGGAUUACUGUCAUUGGGUAUGUCAACGUGGUCCAUUUUCCUGCGGUAGUCCCGACAAAUUAAUAAACACUACUAUAAUCGGUUCAUCUUACGACAUCGGAUCCACCAUCGAGUACCAAUGCCCCGAAGGUCACAUGCUGGUCGGUAAUUCCAAAAGAAAAUGUGGCAAAGACGGACAGUGGACCGGUACAGCUCCAACGUGCAAAUACGUCGAUUGCGGUAUCUUGCCGAGUUUAAACCACGGUUCGAUUGAAUUACAAAACAAAGUAACGACAUACGGAGCCAAAGCUAUUUACACCUGUCACGAAAAUUACACUCUAGUCGGACACGAAGUGCGAACGUGCGGAGACGAAGGAAAAUGGACGAAUUCUACGCCCCAAUGUCUGUUCGAUUGGUGUCCCGAGCCGCCCGGAAUCAACGGCGGUACAAUCACAGUUUCCGGCCGUAGAACUGGCGACACCGCAACGUUCGCUUGUAAUCCCGGUUACGUAAUAAUCGGAGAAGAGGUUAUUUCGUGUCGAUUGGGCGGCGAAUGGUCGGGGAAAGCUCCCGCUUGCAAAUACAUCGAUUGCGGAUCGCCCGCUAAUAUAGACAACGGGAAAUACGUUCUGAUAAACGGAACAACGAGCGUCGAAAGUAUCGUCGAAUAUUCUUGCAUAGAAGAUUAUUGGAUGAACGGUCGAAGCGUACAAAAAUGUACCAGGGAGGGUAAAUGGUCGGCGGACGCGCCAUCUUGCGAACUGAUAACUUGCGAAGAACCGGAAGUACCACCGGGAAGUUACGUAGUCGGUUACGAUUUCAACGUACAUUCGACGAUCGAAUACCAUUGCGAAGUGGGCCAUGUAUUAAUCGGGGAGUCUGCGCAUGUGUGUAAUAAGAACGGGGAUUGGAGCGGAACGACACCUAUUUGCGAAUAUAUCGAUUGCGGGAUGGUUCCCGAUAUACCGAACGGGCGAAUAACUUACGUCAAUGGCACGACGUAUCUGAAUAGCGAGUUGUACUACAGUUGUUACAAAAAUUAUAGAUUGAGCGGUGUGCAGAGAAGGACGUGUCUCGAAAAUAGAGAAUGGAGCGAUUACGAGCCGAAAUGCGAAGAAAUCAAAUGUCCCGAACCCAUUUUGGCGCCACACAGUAUUUUAUCCGUUACCAGCAACGAUCGAUUACACGCCAGAACGUUGAUAAGAACAUCGGAUUCGAGCAACAGCGCAUCUUCUUAUAAAAUAGGAGCUCUCGUGAAAUAUCGAUGCGAACGCGGCUACAAAAUCAUGGGGGAGGCACUAAGUACUUGCGAGGAUACAGGAAAAUGGACGGGCAGCGUUCCGGAAUGUAUAUACGUGGAUUGUGGUGUUCCCGAAAAUAUUACACGUGGCAUAGUCACUUUACCGUCUAACGCUUCGUAUUACGGAGCUCUGGCUCUGUACACGUGCGACGACAACUACGAACUGGACGGCGUUUCGAGAAGGCUGUGCCAAGAAAACGGCACGUGGAGUUCCGAUGCACCGGUUUGUAAAGAAAUUCAAUGUAAAACCCCAGAAGCCCCGAAUGGUCUAUUAGUUACGGUUACUACCCACAGUGUAGGCGGCGUUGCCGUUUAUCAGUGUCCCAAAGGACAUAACAUGAUAGGAAACGAUACAAGGAUUUGUAUGAGGAAUGGAAUAUGGAGCGGGUCGUAUCCGUCGUGCGCAGCCGUCGACUGCCGUCAACCAGGAGACAUAGAAAACGGAAGAGUGCUCGUAGUUAACGGUACGACUUACAAAAGCGCCAUCGAGUACCACUGUAUACCGAAUUUCGUCAGAGUCGGACCAUAUUUGAGAAAAUGUAUGGAAACGGGAGAAUGGUCAGGAGAGGAACCCACGUGCAAAGUUCCAUCGGAAGCGCCUCAAGACUCCUCAAAUAUGACAACACACAUCGGGAUAGGAGCCGGGGUGGUAUUAUUCCUGCUGCUGCUUCUAGGCAUCAUCUAUUGGAAACUCCGAAAACCCGUAGCCGUAAAAAACACCGAAAACGUCGAAGGCGCCGAACGUAAAGAAGACAGAAACGCGGCGGUGAUGAGCUACGCCACGUUAACCGACAGAAACGGAUACUCGAACGGAAAUUCGAAUUUAUACGAAAACAUCCACGACGAAAACGUGUACGACGCCCCUUACGAAGAAACCGGCCGGCGCAGCAGCGGCGAAUACGAACCGGAACCGGUAGGAAGAACCGGAAACGGUAUAACGAUCAACGGAGUGGCUGUGAGAUGAAUCGAGUUACCGGAAAUGUGAAAUUUGUGUUUUUCGAUUAAAUAGAAAAUUAAGAAAAUCGCACUGAAUAGACCAAAGGAUAAGUUGGGUUAUACAACUAACUCUGUGAUAAAUUGAGUUACAUUAAUUUAAAUACUUUAUAUAUAAAAAGUUACGAGUUUAAAAGAUAUUAUAACCUCACAUUUUUCUUUUUUUAAUUUGAUCCAUUAUAAAUCAAUCAAAAACCCCGAGAAUUGAUCAAAUACUAAUGAGACAUAAUACGGGGACAUCUUGUUAUAAAAAACAAAAAAUUUCAGUCUUAAGACCGAAAAAUUAUACAUGGAGAGUUACUUUUGAUCAUAUAACUUUUUGUGAGUAAACAAUGGCGUUUUUUUUUAAAUUUUUUUCUCGUAAUUUUAUGAAUAUUAAUUAUUAUCAUCAUCUAAAAUGAUUUCCAGCUACACAGGAUGUCCCAGAUGUAGUUAAACAAAUCAAAAGUACAAUUUUUUUAUAUGAAUCACCCUAUAUUUCGCCAAAGUGACCUUUAAUAUUUUAAUACGUCAUUAUAAUCGUAUUUUUAAUUUGUUUAGUUACUUCUGGUACUUUCUAGAUGUUUGGAAAUGAUAAAAAUUUCGAAAAAUGUCCACUAGAAACCGUAUAAAUAUGUUUGGUUCACCCUGUAUAUAGUUAACCGGAUGAUAAAAUGAAAAAAUGUUACGAAAUAAUCGAUCAAGUACCAAAUGUAUGAUUCAAAUUAAAAAAAAAACUAUUUUUUUACAAAAUUUCGAUGGAAAUGUCCUCCACAUUAAAAAUUUCCACUUUUUUCUCGGUAUAUUAAUAAAAAAAUUCAUAUUUCUUCAAUAAUUGCUCGAAUCUCGUCAUUUGAAAGGAAUUUGAGAUUAAAGUUAAAUCAUUUCGAAGCAAAUUUCAUUUUUGUUCAAGAAUUUCAUAACCCGCAAUCGAAUAAGCUUUAUGAACACCUUCAGUACUUCUAACAGUUAAAAUUUCUUCUCUAGGCCCCAUUUCAUCAGAUCUAGAUCAAAAAUUAGUUCACCAAAUCAUGAUAAACAAUUGAAUUGUGGAAAAACUCAGUCAAAAAAACAAAUUUUCCAUAUAUUUUUGCAGAAAUUGCAAAUAUAAGACCAAUUUUUUCACCGUUAAGAUACUUCUGGAGCCGAACAACCACUCAAGGAUCAAAAUAUACUUCAAAAACGACUGUGUCUUCAAUUGCAACACUUCAGGCAUGAUUUUUCAUAAAAAUAUUGUGCUAAAAGGAACCUCAGUGCUGUACAGUUGAAAUUAGUUCCCAGGCCCCCUUUUCAUCAGAUCUAGUUCCAAAACUAGUUCAUUGAAACAUGCUAAACAGUUAUUUUAUCAAUUUAUAGAAAAAACCGUGUCCGAAAAACAAAUUUCCCACAUAUUUGUUGCUAAAAAUAGACCACAGAUAAUACUAAAAUUAUUUCACUGUCUCCUCUUUUCUUAAGAUUUAGUUCCGAGUGAUUUUCCCUGUAUUGAAAAUGUAUUGAACAAUAUUACGAUCUCACUAUAUACACGAUGAAAAUGUAAAACUAAAUAAAAAACUGUUAUUUCAUAAAACUAAAUAAAAAAUUGUUAUUUUGAAAUACCACUAAAAUUGAUCACUCAAAUUGAAGUUUUUCUUAUCACAAGAAGGAGCAACUUGAUUGGGUAUCUACGCAUCCCCCAUCCCCAUCGAUCUAUGAAAACAGAUCAAAAAUUAUACUAAUACUUGUAAAUAUUGAUUAACUAUUCAUUUUGUAUAUACUCAUUUUGUAUUAAAAUGUAAAAUUGUAUAAAAAUAUAUUUUUAAUAUUUGACAUCAAA